GCUGUAAUAAUGGGAGAUCUAAAUGUUAGAAUUGGAGAGCUGCGGCAGGAUAUAGGAGAAUUUUACACUGAAAACUUUUAUGCCGGUUAUGAAGUCAGAAAAUCGAAAGAUAAGAUUAUAAAUCAAAAAGGUAAACAAUUUAUACAAUUCUGCAACGAUUACAAUAUAUUCGUAUUAAAUGGUGUAACCAAAGGCGACGAGGACGGAAAAUGCACAUAUGUUAGCACAAUGGGGGAAUCGGUAAACGAUAUAUGUGCUGUAUCUAAAGAAACGUUGGAUAUUGUUAAUGAAUUUGUUGUCGAUGAUAAGGUGUGGUCCGAUCAUUUUCCUAUAAACCUAAAACUGAAUAUGCAAAUGGAAAAGGCAAAAAAGAUGAACUUGCUACCAAAACUAAUUUGGAAAGAUAGUAGAAAAAUUCAAUACCAAAGUUCUCUAAAUGAAAAUUUUGAUUGUAGCUUGUCCACAAACGAAGAAAUAGGUCUAACCGAUGUCUGUAAAUUAAUCCAACUAUCUUCUGUGCCAUCGACUGAAUUAUACUCAUUUGAGCCGAAAUGUAAGUGGUAUAAUAACAAUUGCAACAAGGCAAGAAUAAAAAGCUUUCAAUUAUUAAACGUGUACAGAAAAACAAAAGAUUCAGAAGACCGAAAAAGAUAUCUGUCAGCGCAAAAUCAUUACAAGAUAGUAUGCAAUAACAGUAGAGCCGAUUAUUAUAAUGAAAUGGCAAGUAGAUUAAAUUAUGUUACAAACUCAAAAGAUUGGUGGAAAGUCGCCAGGGAAAUACGUUGCCACCAUAAUCAAGCAGGAUCUGCCCUUACAUCAAAUAUUUUCAAACGCUAUUUUGAAAAUUUAUUAAAUUCAGUACAAAAAAAUGCCGUUAUAUAUUACGCACCAACAUUUACGGAAGACUUGGAUUUAGAUGGACCAAUAAUGAUGUCAGAGUUGAAAAAGAUACUACAAAAUGUGAAGAUUAAUAAGGCUCCUGGCGAAGACAGAGUGCCGUAUGAAUUCUUCGUUAAUGGUACGGAACAGCUGCACAAACAACUGCUUAGAAUAUAUAAUAAAAUAUACACGGAAGGAACAGCUGAUCCAACAUUUACAAAAACGAUCAUUUAUCCAAUAUAUAAAAAAGGAGAUAACAAUGAUCCGUCAAAUUAUAGAGGCAUAUCCUUUAUGAACUGUGUAGCCAAAAUAUUUAUGGGAGUUCUGAACGAACGCUUGUAUAAUUGGGUUGAAAAAUAUGGGAUUCUGACUGAGUUUCAAGCAGGAUUCCGUAAGAAAUAUUCAACGGUUGACAACAUAUAUAACCUUUCAACUGUCAUUAGUCUAAAGCUGGGGGAAAAAAGAAAAGUUUAUGCCUUCUUCGUAGAUUUUAAAGCGGCGUUUGACAAUAUAUCCAGGCAAGCACUAAUCUACAAACUCUUUCAGUUGGGUGUGUCCCACAAAAUGGUAUCUAUGAUAGAAUCAAUCUAUAAUAAAACGCAAUCGGCAGCUUGGGACGGUUAUGAAUUAUCUGAAUACUUUGAUACUACUAAAGGAGUGAAACAAGGAUGCUUACUGUCACCAUUACUAUUCUCUCUUUAUAUCAAUGACCUGUAUGAAUACCUUGAAGGCGGAAUUUUUGUCGAAAAUUUGAACCUACGGCUCCUACUAUACGCUGAUGACAUUGUGUUGCUAGCAGACGACGUCCAUGUAUUACAGAAUAUGAUACACAACCUAGAAAUAUACUGUAAUACCUGGAACCUGGAAGUGAACCUAUCAAAAUCGGAAAUUAUGGUUUUCAGGAAUGGAGGCAGACUAGCCAAACACGAAAAAUGGAAAUUUAAUGGAAACGUAAUUAAAAUUACAAAUGAAUAUAAAUAUUUAGGGGUAAUAUUCACACCAAAGAUGACAUUUACUAAACAUAUCCAAAAUCGGAACAACCAAGCAAAAAUUGCAAUAAACGCAACAUGGAAAAACUUUGUAGGCAGAACAGACAUAAAUAUGAACGCAAAAUGGAAAUUGUUUUUAGCGGUUUGCAGAUCCAUUCAAACCUACGCUGCCCAAGUUUGGGGGUUCUGUCAUUUCGAAGAAGUUGACUCCUUGCAACGUUAUUUCUUAAAAAGGAUUUUAAAACUACCAGUUUGUACUCCAAACUACGUACUCAUGCUAGAAACGGAGGUAGAGGAUACACAUAUAUAUACCCUGGGACUGCACUUAAAAUAUAUAGGAAAAACUCUGUUUCAGCAUUCGGGCGCUAGAUUGACAAACCAGCUAUCCAAUAUUGCAUUACGCAGAAAUGUCUUCUGGGUAAAAGAACUGAAAUCCUUAGCUGCAAGUAUGGAUAUUCAAUGGCCUGAAGCAUUUCCUUCAUCAAGCCUAUGGAUUCACAGAAAAACGGAAAGCCAACAAAGAAUAUAUAAAUACCUGGACCCGAACAAAGCCUAUCUCUAUCUUAAUGAGCGAUACACAUCAGAAAAUAUUACUUGGAUAUUUAAAGCUCGCAGUGGAAUGAUAUCCCUGGGUUACAAUAACUUUGAAGAGAAUGAGUCGGAAAAAAUGUGUAAGCUUUGCAACCUAAGAGAAACAGAAACUUUGGACCAUUUCCUUGGAAUUUGUCCGGUUCUAAGAGAAUUUAGAUUGGCCGCCUUUAGUAAAGCAUCAUUGAGCUUCGUAGAAGUACUCCAUAUACUAGACGGAAUUGAAGUGGGAAAUUGGGAUAAGCUAACAACUUAUUUACGAAUGGCUUAUAAUUAUCGGCAACUUUUAUUAAAUGAAUAUCAUUAAUUAAAAUUUAAAGUUUAUGCGACAGACGUUAUACACAUAGUCGCUAAUAAAUAUUACUUCUUUCUAAGAAUAAAUGUACAUAUUUAGAAAAUUAAUUUUAAGUAACAUAUCUGCUAUGAAUCAAAGAUUUUAUUCGAAUAAAGAAGUCCU